AUGUCAUUCAAUGCCACAUCCUUUUCAAUCAUCAGGAUUAUUAUCGAGGGAUACGUUAAGCCUAUUGUUUAUUGUAUUUGUGUUUUGAUUUUUAAUUCUUGCGUUACGAUUUUCUAUAUUCAAGAUUCAUUAUUGAUGGGGACGAGAGAGCUGGGAAGUGCCAAGGCCAACACUACCAAACAAUUGAUGACGGUAUCAAUGAUGAAGCUCAACAUACAGUCCGCCAUUGAUCUACUCAAGAAAGAGCCUUCUGCUGAAGUUAUCUCUAGUUGUCUUUCUGUUCUUGACAAUUACCGACCUUUGAAUCUGGAAGCAGCAGCUGUACUAGCGAAGCAUGUGGUUCCAGUUGCGCCAUCAUUACCACAGAAUGUUAAGACACAACUCUUUGUUUUAUUGGAGCACUCGUUUACAUUCCUUACGCAUGCAAUAAGUCUUAUUCAGUUGCUUCGUGGUCAGCCAGAAGCCAAGGUAUGCCGAGACUUCCUGCUUGAGGCUCUGAAUAAUAGCCCCUCAGCUUUACAAAACUACAACUCUCAAUGUAAUACUACCUCAGAAUUUCAAUUGCUCAAAUCUGUGUUUUUCGGAAGCAAACUUUACAACUGUUUAUCUUGCGAUAUCGAUAUUCUUGAGUAUCUGGAGUUAUUGGAAGCCCAAAUGUCAUAUAUUUUCGACCACCAAGGAUCUAUAUGUGAAAAAAGAGGAGCAGAUUGUCUAGCUUCAAUCUUAAGCUUGCAUGGAAGUCAAGCAAUGUCUACGGUUUUCAAAGGCUUGGUGCUAUCGAAUCGAGGUCGCUUCGAUACAUUUCUACGUUUCGUGAAAAAUGGCUCUAUAGUCAAUAGGAACAAGCUUCUCAACAGCCUGGUACGAUAUUUAGAUUCAGAAUUGCUACUUGAACAGACAGAUUCUGUUUACAACCUUCUUCGACUGAUGGACGUAUCGUUGAUACAGCCCGAUUGCCUUGUGAAUGUCGAAAAUACAAAGCUACAAGUUGUUCUCGUGGGCCUCAUGGACGAGAAGCAGUUGUUACAUAUUUUCGACCAUGCACUUUUCUCCUUUCAGGCACCUGGCUCAGUUGAUGAUGGUUCCAUCUGCUGUCUGUUGUCCAGCGUGCUGGCAAAUCUUUCUGCCGAAACCAGACAUAACCUCAGCAGUGAUAAUAGGUUUUUGGACUCUGUCACAGUAAGAUUGGCUUCUCAGGAUGCUUUGGUGAGGGAGAGAACAAUGUUUCUUGCCAAACAGAUUACAAAUGAUGAACUCAUAUACGAGAGUGAUUUCAAGAUAGAUAUUCCCAUAGUCAAAAAGCCCCAAACAUUUGAUGUCAACUUCAAUGAUUUUUGCGACCCUAGGGGGACGCCCAGAAAGAUCCCACAACCCACAAAACUUGCCUCAACCUCUUACAAUUUUUCCCAACUCUCAUUGUCCGGAACUGAUGACCGUGACGAUGGCGUGAGCAUAGUUUUCCUCAAGGACUUACUCCACGAAUUUGAACAACUGUCAAAAACACGCGUAAAUCGAGUUUAUCUUCUCAAGACAACUGUGAAGCUUGUAAGGCAGAAGAGAGACUUUAUCAUGGAGGUAGAAGCAUACAGCGCGCAGCUGCUGGCCAUAAUAUCCUCCUUAACUAACGAGUUUGACGAGCCUGAAUUUCAGGAAUGGAGGUUAAAUGCGAUGAAUAGUAUAUUAGUAACUGUUCCGUCGAGGAUAACUGACCUCUACCAGAUCUUGUUUGGGCAAGAACUGUCCUUGCAACAACGAAUUGCCAUACUAUCUACAGUAGGUCUUGCCGCUAGAGAGUUGCGCGGCCUAAAUGAUGCAGUAAUCAUCAAACCCGAAACCAAUUUUCCAACGGAGAGACUGCCUUGGGAUCAAUCGAAUCAAUCCCCAGUGAUAGAAUCAGUCGACAACCUCACUGAAGCUCGAACAGUGUGGAGGUCGCGGAAACUCGACCGCAACGACAAAGAUUCUAUUCCGGUGCCAAACAGGUUCCGCAAAAUUGCCCCUAAAUUCUUCUAUCCUUUGGCUCACGGAUGGUUGAAUGGGAUAGACAUGGGGAUGUACGAUAAAAUGUUCAAGAAGCAUUAUUUGAGUACAAUGGAGAUUAUUUUAUCCGCAGCCCAUCCGCAUCAGGAAUUUAAUUCUAUGUGCGCAAUGAUGUAUACGGUACUCGAAGACGCGAUGAAGAAGGGCGUACAAAUAGAUGAUAUGAUGGCUGCCCGGCUGUCGAAGCUGAGUGAGGCCUCUUAA